AUGCUGAGCGUGCUCUUCAGCUCCCUGCAGGCCAGAGCUCCAUCUCAGGGCCGUUUCUGGGUGAUGCUCCCGAGCAGCGUGGUCAGCAGGAUAUUUGAGGGCGAGAAGUUUACCUGUUGCACCAGCCAGCCGGGUUGCACUGAAGUACGUCAAGAUGCGAUGCUCCUCUUCUCAUCGUACCGCUUUUGGGUUUGCCAAAUCAUACUCAUCCUCACGCCAUCGCUGCUGUUCUUCAUCUACAUGGCACACCGGAAAAAGGACACCGCUGCACACGACGAUGGGGAGAACCGCCGCCCGCACUGGAUUUACAUCAUCAGCGUGGUCUUCUGGAUCAUAAUUGAAGCGCCUUUUGUGAUUGGACAGUGGUGGCUGUACGGCUUCAAGGUCGAAGCUUCAUACACAUGCCGACACAGACCCUGUCACAGUUAUGCCAGUUGCUUUAUCGCCGGGUCCAAGGAGAAAACAACUUUCCUUUGCUUUUUCUUCGCUGUUGGCAUCCUGUCAGUCAUCUCCAGCCUUGCUGAGUUACUGCAGGUGAUCAGAUACGUUCACUGA